AUGAAUAACUUCAAUUUACAAGCUUUCAACACUGAAAACCUAUCCAAAAUAUUGGAUGAUUUCGAUCCAGAUUUCAAUCUACCUUUAAUAAUAGGACUAACCACUGGGAUUGGUGUAUUGUUUUUGUUCUUAUUAGUAUUGACCAUAUAUUUCUCAUUUUUCAACAAUGGAGGUUCAAUUUUUUUAGGUUCAAAUUUUAAUAUACCUGGUGAAUUUGAUGAUGAAGAAACAAGAUUAAAUGAUGAGACUGAAUAUUUACCAAAGUUUACUGAAUUGGAAAGACAGAAUUAUUUUGAUGCAAAGCAAUUUCAACAAGAUCAUGAACCUGAAACUAAUCCAAUAGGUUCCACUUUAACCACUGAAGAACGUGAUUUUAUAUUGGAUCGUGGUAUCCAAGCUUAUGUGUUUCAACAAGAAAAUGUAUCUUCAUUAUCCUCAUCUAUGCCAUCUGUUAUAAUCGAGGAUAAAUUAGAUGUUCGUUUCACUUCAAUGGAUCCAAAUUCAGCUAUUUUAAAUUACCCAUUACCAACUCAUGAUAAUGAUACUGUUUAUUUUGAAGUUAAAUUAUUUGAAUUACCUGAAGGCUCUCACGUUUCAAUUGGUGUGGCUACAAAACCUUAUCCAGGUUUCAGAUUACCAGGUUAUAACAAAUAUUCAAUUGCUUAUGAAUCAAAUGGUACUGUUCGUAUAAAUCAACCUUUUUAUUCACCCCAAAUAUGGAGUAAAUUAUUAGAAGGUGAUGUUUUAGGGGUUGGGUUCAAACCAAGAUCUGGUACGAUUUUUUUCACUCAUAAUGGUAAAAAAUUAUUAGAAGCUGUUCAUAAUCUUCGUAUGGAUUUAUUCCCAAUUAUUGGUUCUCAAGGUGCUGCUAAAUUGAAUGUUAAUUUAGGUCAAUUGGGAUUCGUCUUUAUUGAAGCCAAUGUUAAGAAAUGGGGGUUUGGUAGUGUUUAUGGUACCAUUGGAAUUCCUCCAGCUUAUGGUAAAGAAACUGUUCAUGAUACCGUGCUAGAUAAAGGUGAAGAAUUACCACCAAAUUAUCCUUCAGAAGAGGAAACUUUCUUUGGACCAUCUGCAUUAUUGAGCACCAGUGGUGCAGUGGUUGAUCCGCCUGCCCCAUCAGCAGUUGUUAAACCUACAAAGAUUAUAAGUAAUCCACCAAGUUAUAAUGAUGAACCAAAACAAGAAUUACCACCACAAGAUGAUACCCAAGAAGUUGAUACGAAUGUUGACCAGAUUAGAGAACGAUUAUAUGAAAGAAGAUCAUCUACUUUUGAUCAACAAAAUAAUCAUUAUGACCCAUUAGCAUCAAGUUCAGUCCCAACACCAAUCCCACAAGAAGAGACAAGUGAAGUACAACCACAAGAACAUGUUAAACUUGUUGAAAGUAAAGAAUCUUCAACACAUGUUGAAAUUUCUCCAAAGGGGCCUAAUCAAGAAUCUCCAAAAGAUCAAGAAGAAGAUGAUGAAGAAGAAGGAGAAUCACAUGAAUCUUCACCAGAUCCAGAAACAACCAUAGAGGGAACACCAGAACCUCAAGGUGAAGCUCAAGCUUCAAGUUCAAAGACUUCAACACCUUCUUCAAAGAAUAAGAAUAAGAACAAGAAGAAGAACAAAAAGAAGAAGGGGAAAAAGGGAAAGAAAUAG